AUGGCUGUCGGCACCGUUCUCAUCACCGGUGGCACCGGCUACAUUGGUUCCUUCACCACCCUCGCCCUCCUCGAGCACGGCUACGAUGUCGUCAUUGUCGACAACCUUUACAACUCGUCCAAGGUUGCCCUCGACCGCAUCGAGCUCCUCUGCGGCCGCCGCCCAGACUUCUACCAAGUCGACGUGACCGACGAGAAGGGCCUCGACGAGGUCUUUGCCAAGCACCCCGCCAUUGACAGCGUCAUCCACUUUGCUGCUCUCAAGGCUGUCGGAGAGUCGGGCGAGAUUCCCCUCGAGUACUACCGCGUCAAUGUCGGCGGCAGCAUUGCCCUCCUCCGCUCCAUGGAGCGCCACGGCGUCUCCAACAUCGUCUUCUCCUCCUCGGCGACCGUCUACGGCGACGCGACCCGCUUCCCCAACAUGAUCCCCAUCCCCGAGCACUGCCCCAUCGGCCCGACCAACACGUACGGUCGCACAAAGUCCAUGAUCGAGGAUGUCAUCACCGACUUCAUCAAGGCCCAGCGCAACAACCUGCAAAAGGCCGGCAAGCCCCACGCCCAGUGGAACGGCGCCCUGCUGCGCUACUUCAACCCCUGCGGCGCGCAUCCCAGUGGCCUCAUGGGCGAGGACCCUCAGGGCGUGCCCUUCAACCUGCUGCCCCUGCUGGGCAAGGUUGCGACCGGCGACCGCGACAAGCUGCUGGUCUUUGGCGAGGACUAUUCCUCUCGUGAUGGAACGGCCAUCCGCGACUACAUCCACGUCGUCGACCUGGCACGCGGCCACCUCGUCGCCCUCAACUACCUGCGGGAGAACAAGCCGGGCGUCAAGGCGUGGAACCUGGGCUCCGGCCGCGGCAGCACCGUGUUCGAGAUCAUCAAGGCCUUCAGCGCCGUGGUCGGCCGCGACCUGCCCUACGAGGUGGUGGCCCGCCGACCGGGCGACGUCCUGGACCUGACGGCCAACCCCGCGUUGGCCAACGAGGAGCUCCAGUGGAAGACGGAGCUGACGAUGGAGAAGGCAUGCGAGGACCUGUGGCGCUGGGUCGACAACAACCCCCAGGGCUACCGCCAAGACCCGCCGGCGAAGCUGCUGGACGCGGUCAAGAAGACGAACUGA